AUGAUGGCUCCCAAGUCCUAUCUGCGAGUCCUUAUCAUGGGUUCCGGUCCGCGAGAACACGCAAUUGCCUGGAAACUAUGCCAAUCCAAAACUGUAGAGCACGUCUAUAUCGUUCCUGGGAAUGCUGGCACAGCUAUGCUUGGUAAAGCAACAAACAUCACCAAUGUAAGGGUAACUGAUUUUGCCGGUCUAGUUCUUCUCGCCAAAGAGCUAGGCAUAGGUUUGGUGGUUCCCGGUGCUGUACAGUACUUUGUAGACGACAUCGAGGGCUAUUUUCGAGGCACCGGCAUUGCUUGUUUUGCUUGUACCAAAGAAGCAGCCCAACUCGAAGUCUCCAAGCCGUUUGCCAAAGAUUUCAUGAUUAGACACGAUAUCCCUACCGCCCAAUACCAGAGCUUCACGGCCGCAGGAGUCAAAGCUGCGAAGGACUAUAUCCUGAAAGCGCCGUACCCGGUCGUGGUCAAAGCUGCGGGUCUCGCUGGAGGUCGAGGCUCCAUCAUUCCAUCGUCAAAGGAAGAGGCCCUUCAAGCAGUCGACGAUAUUCUAGUACACCAAAAGUUCGGACCCGAGGCUGGAAGCUCUGUGGUUAUCGAGGAGUACCUUGAAGGAACGGAAGUCAGCAUUCUCACCCUCAGCGACUAUAAUGGCCACACAUGGACUUUUCCAACUUUACAGGAUCAUAAACGCAUGCACGAUGGCGAUAUAGGUCCCAACACCGGGGGUUUAGGUGCUUAUGGUCCAACUCCGUUUGUCACGCCGAGCCUAAUGAAGGAAAUCGAGAAGUCUAUAGUGCAACCUGCCCUAGAAGGACUCCUUUUUGAAGGUCUCAAAUUUGUUGGGUGCUUGUACACCGGACUCAUGCUCACAUCGUCGGGACCGAGAGUUUUAGAGUUCAAUGUCCGCUUUGGUGAACCAGAGAUGCAAUCGAUGGUACUACUUCUUGACGAUGAAACUGAUUUUGCAGAGGUUCUGCUUGCGUGUAUCAAUGGCACGCUGGAUCAAGUACACAUUGAUACGAUUCCUGGAUUCGCCUGCAAUGUGGUCAUGACGGGGGAGGGCUAUCCCGACCCUGACCUUGAUCAUGGCGGAGAAGUUAUUGAGAUGAAGGAGACAGUUUCUAGUAAGAAAUCUUAG